AUGGACUUCAUUCACGGCGUGAGCCUUAGCGACCUUCUCCGAGCCCCUAGCGCCUUGUGCCCCACCAGAGUAAUGCGGGAGGACAUGAGCGAUCGUGACAUCGAGAUCAUCUACAGGCAACUGGCGAACUUCUUGCUCCAGCUAUUCGAGCUCGAUUUCGACCAUAUUGGCAGCCUGCCAUCGCCGCAGGAUGACGACCAGAAGAGUCCCACGCUGCUGCGACCGCUAACAUUCAAGGCACAUAGCAUUCUGCAAAAUGGGGGAGUGAACACGUUCGGUGACCGAACCCAGGGAUUUGCGACGACGACGGAGUACUUCCAAUAUGUCGCCAAUCAAGACUUGGGGCAGCUCAUUCACCAGCCAAAUUCAACCGUUGGCUUAUACGACGCGAAAAACAAAUAUGUGGCGUUUAAGGUACUGAGAGCACUGAUACCAGACUUGGUCAAUGCCAAAUAUGACCGCUACAAAUUCAAGCUGAUUUGCGAUGAUCUCGGUCUGGCGAACCUGAUCGUCCGCGGCAGAGACGACCUUGCUGUUGUCGGUGUAGUAGACCUCGAGUGGUCGUACAUUGGCCCCGCGCAGCUAUUCGGCUCGGCACCGUGGUGA